AUGACGUUUUCCCAUGCGGUUGUGAUGACGUCGUCUCUCUCCGUCGCCCUGCACGGGGGCGGUCGCGUGCUCAGCAUUCAGUCACAUACCGUCCAGGUGCCCCACUCAGGUGUUUCUCAGGCGCCCAUCUCAGGUGUUUCUCAGGCGCCCCUCUCAGGUGUCUCUCAGGUUCCCCUCUCAGGUGCCCAUCCCAGGUGUCUCUCCAAUGUCUCUCAGGGGUAUGUGGGCAACAAGGCGGCGGUCUUCCCCCUGCAACUGCUGGGCUUCGAUGUGGACCCCAUCAAUUCUGUGCAACUCUCCAACCACACUGGGUCCAUCACUCCUCCCACCUCACCACAUGCCCCAUGCAUCUGUCCCAUUCGUGCUGCUGCUGCAGGGUACCCCACGUGGAAGGGGCAGACACUGGACGGAGAGCAGUGCAGGCUACCCCACGUAGAAGGGGCGGAUACUGCCCCACGUGGAAGGGGAGGAUACUGCCCCACGUGGAAGGGGCGGAUACUGCUAGCCCACGUGGAAGGGGCAGAUACUGAGUGGGGAGCAGCUGUGGGCGCUGAUAGAGGGGCUGGGUUAGCGCCUGUGCAUCCUGAGCCUUGGAGCAGCAGCCUGGGUGCGUGCUGGGUGCAUGCACCCUCAAGCAGCCUGGGUGCGUGCUGGGUGGAUGCACCCUCUAGCAGCCUGGGUGCGUGCUGGGUGCAUGCACCCUCUAGCAGCCUGGGUGCGUGCUGGGUGCAUGCACCCUCUAGCAGCCUGGGUGCGUGCUGGGUGCAUGCACCCUCUAGCAGCCUGGCCUGGGUGCGUGCUGGGUGCAUGCACCCUCUAGCAGCCUGGGUGCGUGCUGGGUGCAUGCACCCUCUAGCAGCCUGGGUGCGUGCUGGGUGCAUGCACCCUCUAGCAGCCUGGGUGCGUGCUGGGUGCAUGCACCCUCUAGCAGCCUGGGUGCAUGCUGGGUGCAUGCACCCUCUAGCAGCCUGGGUGUGUGCUGGGUGCAUGCACCCUCUAGCAGCCUGGGUGCGUGCUGGGUGCAUGCACCCUCUAGCAGCCUGGGUGUGUGCUGGGUGCAUGCACCCUCUAGCAGCCUGGGUGUGUGCUGGGUGCAUGCACCCUCCAGCAGCCUGGGUGCGUGCUGGGUGCAUGCACCCUCUAGCAGCCUGGGUGCGUGCUGGGUGCAUGCACCCUCCAGCAGCCUGGGUGCGUGCUGGGUGCAUGCACCCUCUAGCAGCCUGGGUGCGUGCUGGGUGCAUGCACCCUCUAGCAGCCUGGGUGCGUGCUGGGUGCAUGCACCCUCUAGCAGCCUGGGUGCGUGCUGGGUGCAUGCACCCUCUAGCAGCCUGGGUGCGUGCUGGGUGCAUGCACCCUCUAGCAGCCUGGGUGCGUGCUGGGUGCAUGCACCCUCUAGCAGCCUGGGUGCGUGCUGGGUGCAUGCACCCUCUAGCAGCCUGGGUGUGUGCUGGGUGCAUGCACCCUCUAGCAGCCUGGGUGCGUGCUGGGUGCAUGCACCCUCUAGCAGCCUGGGUGCGUGCUGGGUGCAUGCACCCUCUAGCAGCCUGGGUGUGUGCUGGGUGCAUGCACCCUCUAGCAGCCUGGGUGCGUGCUGGGUGCAUGCACCCUCUAGCAGCCUGGGUGUGUGCUGGGUGCAUGCACCCUCUAGCAGCCUGGGUGUGUGCUGGGUGCAUGCACCCUCUAGCAGCCUGGGUGUGUGCUGGGUGCAUGCACCCUCUAGCAGCCUGGGUGCGUGCUGGGUGCAUGCACCCUCUAGCAGCCUGGGUGCGUGCUGGGUGCAUGCACCCUCUAGCAGCCUGGGUGUGUGCUGGGUGCAUGCACCCUCUAGCAGCCUGGGUGCGUGCUGGGUGCAUGCACCCUCUAGCAGCCUGGGUGUGUGCUGGGUGCAUGCACCCUCUAGCAGCCUGGGUGUGUGCUGGGUGCAUGCACCCUCUAGCAGCCUGGGUGCGUGCUGGGUGCAUGCACCCUCUAGCAGCCUGGGUGUGUGCUGGGUGCAUGCACCCUCUAGCAGCCUGGGUGUGUGCUGGGUGCAUGCACCCUCUAGCAGCCUGGGUGCGUGCUGGGUGCAUGCACCCUCUAGCAGCCUGGGUGCGUGCUGGGUGCAUGCACCCUCUAGCAGCCUGGGUGUGUGCUGGGUGCAUGCACCCUCUAGCAGCCUGGGUGCGUGCUGGGUGCAUGCACCCUCUAGCAGCCUGGGUGUGUGCUGGGUGCAUGCACCCUCUAGCAGCCUGGGUGUGUGCUGGGUGCAUGCACCCUCUAGCAGCCUGGGUGCGUGCUGGGUGCAUGCACCCUCUAGCAGCCUGGGUGUGUGCUGGGUGCAUGCACCCUCUAGCAGCCUGGGUGCGUGCUGGGUGCAUGCACCCUCUAGCAGCCUGGGUGCGUGCUGCUGCUCCAGGGUCACCAGACGCGCGUGCUGCUGCUCAGUCCUCCCACCUCACCAGACGCCCCAGUGCAGUUACCAACAUGCGUGCUGUUGCAGGCUACCCCACGUGGAAGGGGCGGAUACUGGAUGGGGAGGGGAGCAGAGCAGCUGUGGGCGCUGAUAGAGGGGGGCAGAUUCUGGAUGGAGAGCAGCUGUGGGCGCUGAUAGAGGGCCUGGAGGCCAAUGGGCUGCUCUUCUACACGCACCUGCUCACCGAUGUGUGCCCCUGGUGUGCAUGCUUGUUCACCGUAUGGUGGCACUGCUACAUCGGGUCGCUCUCCUUCCUGAAAACUGUUCUACGGGUUGUGGAGAAGCUAAGAUCAUCAUGCUGCUGCUGCUUUUCUCGCAUCUACCCAUCUCUCUGCCCGUCCUCCGCUUGUCUCACAUCCCCACAUCGAUCCGAAUGGGCUUGUCUCACAAAGGCUGCCUCCAUCCGCAUCGCUGCUUUCCCUUUCCAUCUCUCUCCAUACCACCUCUCUUCUCCUCACCGUAAUGGACCUCUCAAAGGCCUGCUGCCUGCUCCCCUCUCUCCCCCUCACCCAUUCUCUGCCUCCCAUCCCUCUCCAGUUUCCUUCCUCGCCCCAAUCUCUCUCCCCCAAUGUCUCCUCCCCAUCCCUUCUCUCCCCGUCACAGUGUGCGAUCCAGUGAUGGGGGACGACGGUCGUCUCUACAUUCGCCCCGAGCUCGUCCCCAUCUACCGCCACCAGGUGCCACCUCCUCUUGCCGUAAGCGUGUUCUGCGAGGUGGUCCCAGUGGCGACGCUCAUCACGCCAAACCAAUUCGAAGCAGAGCAGCUCACAGGCCUCAGCAUCCGGACUCAAGCAGACGCCAUCACUGCAUGUGACAUGCUGCACGCAGCAGGGCCCAGAAAGCAACGCUCCCAGCUGGUGAUGGCGGAGGGGAUUGGUUUUGCAUGGGCAAGGCCCUCUCUUAAACCUGCUCCAUCCCUUUCAACCGCUUUCAACCACUCCGUUCAGGUGGUGAUCACAAGCAUGGAGGUGGAUGGGCGGCUGCUGGUAGUGGGGAGUGACGCCAGCAGCCCUGCUGGAGAGGAGGUGAGUGAGGUGAGGCGGCAUGAGGGUAUCUGUCUGGUGGUGGAGGUGUGCUUUGAGUCACCAGGUGUCCAACCACUCAAUCACAUCUGCUUGGCGUGA